UACAAAUAACAAAUAGGAAUCGAAGUGGACGGUGCUUCUGGAGCAGCUGUCCAAGAGAAAAUAACCAGAUGGCUGCUUCUUCGCUGAUUUCCACACACUUCCACUCUUCCUCCCCAACUUUCUCACCACUUUCUCGCUCCCCAAACAGAAAGUUCCUUCCUUUCCCUCUCUCCAAACCCUUUUCCCUCCACAAACCCACAGCCUCAACCUCCCCCAUCCUCUCCCUCCACCGCAAAACCCAGAAGCGGUCUCUGAUCCCGCCGUACAAGUCCUACUGUCCCCCGUGCCUCCACAAGCUUCUGCUCGCCACCAAGAACCCCUUCUCCUCGGGUCUCGAAUCUCUGCUCAUUCUUUGCGCUUCGGCGGCUCUGUCGCUUUCCCUGUUCAUCGCCGAUGUGGAUCCCGCCUCCGCUUUCGUCGUCACUCCGCCGAGGAAGCUGCAGUCCGAUGAGCUCGCCACGGUUCAGCUCUUUCGGGAGAACACUCCCUCUGUUGUUUACAUCACCAAUCUUGCAGCCAGGCAGGAUGCGUUUACUUUGGACGUGUUUGAGGUGCCGCAGGGGUCUGGGUCAGGCUUCGUGUGGGAUAAAAAUGGCAACGUUGUCACCAAUUACCACGUGAUUCGCGGCGCUUCUGAUCUCAGGGUCACGCUUGGUGAUCAGUCAACUUUUAAUGCCAAGGUUGUUGGAUUUGACCAAGACAAGGAUGUUGCUGUUCUACAUGUUGAUGCGCCCAAGGAGAAACUAAGGCCUAUACCGAUUGGUCAAUCUGCAGACUUGCUGGUUGGUCAGAAAGUGUUUGCUAUCGGCAAUCCUUUUGGGCUUGAUCAUACUCUUACCACUGGCGUUAUCAGUGGGCUUCGUAGAGAAAUUAGUUCUGCUGCUACUGGCCGUCCAAUUCAAGAUGUUAUACAGACAGAUGCUGCCAUUAAUCCUGGGAAUAGUGGGGGGCCACUUCUAGAUAGUACAGGAAGCCUUAUCGGGAUAAACACAGCUAUAUAUUCUCCAAAUGGUGCAUCAUCUGGUGUUGGAUUUUCUAUUCCAGUUGACACAGUAAAUGGUAUUGUUGACCAAUUGGUCAAAUUUGGGAAGGUCACGAGACCUAUUUUAGGGAUUAAGUUUGCACCUGAUCAAUCUGUUGAACAGUUGGGGUUAAGUGGUGUGCUUCUCUUAGACGCACCAGCUAACGGUCCAGCUGGCAAAGCGGGACUGGUACCAACCAAGCGCGACGCCUAUGGUAGACUCAUAUUGGGUGACAUUAUAACAUCUGUGAAUGGAAAAAAGGUCAGCAAUGGCAGCGACUUGUAUAGAAUUCUCGAUCAGUGUAAAGUGGGCGACAAGGUGUUUGUGGAGGUGUUGCGCGGCGAUCAGAAGGAGAAAAUCCCUGUUGUGCUUGAAUCAAAGGCCGACGAGACAUGACCAGUUGAAUGGUUCAGCACGCGUAUUUAAAAUGCAGUACCUAUAGAUUGGGAACGAAUCGCCUUUGAUCUAAUGAGUUCUCAGUUAACCGAAAAAGGGAACAUCUCGCCAUUAUUUAUGUGUUGAUAGUUUUAGAAGGAAGGAUCUUGCUGUACAUAAACUAUUGUAAUUAACACGAUUAUCCGUCGAUAUUUUGUGGUUGAAUCUUCCAUGUUUAUGAUGCAGACUAUUUUUGUAUGUGUAUAUGGGUCGGUUUUAUUUAUC